GGGCUGGUAGUGUCUCUCCACGGAUGAACACUAUCGCGUCACGUGAUCAAUUUAAACCAAUAGGAACCGGAGACAAUUUAGUGGUUAACUAUAAGAGCCAAUAGUUUCGCUGAUUCAAACACUCUCAAACACCCCCUUGUAUAUAAAAGGUUUUUCAUGCGUCGGUUUCACGUUUCUUUAACAUUGUAGCUGUACUCUGUCUUUCCAAGAGGUUUUAAACAUAUUAACCAAACUCAAAAAUGGAAGCAAUCAUCAAUAAAGUCCGGGUUGCUUGUGAGAAAAGAGGCACAACUGGGCCAAGAAAAUUGGCGAACACUUUCAAGUUGUUUGAUGACAAUGGAGACAAGAAGUUGAGUUUUGAGGAUUUCAUGAAAGGCAUGCGCGAUUACCAGACUGGAGUGACUCCUGAGGAAGGCAGGACGUUUUUUGAUGAACUUGAUAAAGACAAGUCUGGAUACCUCAGUCUCGCCGAGUUUCUUAAUAUGCUGAGGGAGCCUUUGUCUGCUAAAUGCUUGGAGGUUGUGGAGAAGGCUUUUGCCAAGUUAGACAAAACAGGAGAUGGACUUAUUACAUCUGAAGAUUUGAGAAAGUAUUAUCAAGCCAGUGACGAACAAAGUUUUGAUGAGUAUCUGGCUCAAUAUGACGGUAGUGACGCAAAAGCUGGGGUAAGUAGGACAAUUGUGCUUCUUAGUUAAGGUUUGACAGGCUGGGUCGAGGUCGAAAGCAAACAUUUGCUCAGAAUACAAUUUUCAGUUGUUAUCGUGUAAUCACCCGAAUCAAUUGAAACAAAUUAAAAUAGCACAGACUUAUAGUUUUAUUUUGAAAUGGUUUCUAGGCAGCAUAGGUUACCAUAACAAUUAUAGCAGUAAUCUUUUGCUGAUUUUCACAAAAUCUUGUCAGAAGUUUUUAAUGUCUUAAGACAUCGCGG